CCUAGCAUAGCACGACUCAAAGGGACACAACUGGCUAGUUAGAGGUUGAUAAAUUUGUGUCCUCUCUUGUUUUUUUCCCGAUUUAUUCCGUUUUUUGGCAUCCAACGUUUUUAUCUCUGUUGGAACUUUCGUGGAUUUGAGAGGGGCCAUGGUUUUGUCAACAUCACAACAAGUCGCCUUGGCGUUCACGGCGGUGCUUUUGAUGUUUGUAGUUCUCCCGAAGAUGUUUAGCUUUGGCGGAGGGAGUGGGGCGAAGGAAACGAGGCUCGACCCUCGCUACUCCAGAAAAGGUGGUCCUGCCCUGGGCCCACUGAGGGGUCCGGCUGCCAGCGUAAGCGCCCCCAGCUCCCAUCAGUCGGCCGAAAGUGUGCAGCAGAUGAAGAAAUUGAUGGAGCAGGAGCUGAAGGGCAACAAGUACAAAUCCAACAACAACAAGGGCUACGUGUUCACACUCAUGCCGCUCUACGCCAUUGGGGUCGGAGUUUUCGCGGCAUACAAGUUUUUGAAGAUCAAGUCUUCAGAUGACCAAGUACAAAAGGACAAAUUUGCAAAGGGGGCCAAAAAAUCAGUGGAGGCAGAGAACCAGUUGAAUGAACUGGAACAAAGGCUUGCACAAACGGAGCAGAUGCUCAAUUCCAUUCUCACCCAGUUAGACCCACUCACAAACUGUGCAAAGACUGUGGCCCAGGAGCAAAAGAACGAGAUCAUGUCCCAGUUGCAGACCAUCCGCUGCCUGAUGAAGAAGAGAGGAAUGGACUGUCCGCCAUUGAACGAGGCCUGCUUUGAGCAGAGUUUGGACAACCUCAUUGAAACACUUGGGGCCAGCGAUACCUCGGCAGGUGAUGCCUCCAAUGAGGACACGCAGACUCCCUCAGCAAUGGAGGACGCAGCUGCCAAAGGGUGUCCAAUGGCGCAAGAAGGAUCUGGAUCCGAAGGUGGGGACAUAAGGAAGCCUCAACAGGAAGGAUCGGAAGGUGAUGGUGUGGAAGAAAAAGGAGAUGAGGGGGAGGAAAUGGAGGAGACUGACCAGGAGGAUGGAGAGGAAGAGGAAGGAUACAAGGAAUUUGACUUUAUGCCUUCACUAGAGGACACAAACAAUGAGGAGACUGGAAAAGUUCAGCAGGCGUGCAGCCUCAGGCAACGUUCCAAAAUGAAGUAACCCCACAACUCUACUUCAAUAAGUAUACUGUGUGCACUGCAUACUUAGUUCCCAAGGGCGCAAAUCUUGACAAUGUAAUGCUGUCCCAAAUCCACGACUGACAUUGCACACUUACAUGGAAAUGGCGAUCGCAGUAAUCACCCGCUUCCUCUUUUUGCAACCACUCAAGUUAGUCGCUGCGCUCCUACUACGUAGCCAAGAUUGCAACUACAUGUAUCAAGGGUGGGAAGUGUCCAUCAUACUGCACACUCACCAUUUUGAGUGCAACAUCCGGGUACAGUGCACUGCAUUUUGCCACACUUCUCAGUGUGAACACACUAAGGCACUGAGUAUAAGUAUGGAAGUGCACCCAUUGAGAGACAGCCCUGCUCCCUCAAUAAAUGAUAUUAUUUAUUUUAAUUAUUAAUUAUUACAAAAUAUGGCUUUAUUAUAAAUUAAUACACCCAAAAAAGUGUUCAGUUUUUGAAUAUAUAGGGCUGUAGUAGCUGGUUGUAUGCAUAAUAUUUGUGUUUUACCACAGUGUCUUAAAAGGGAAUUCUACUUCACAACUCUAGGGGGAGCCCUUGCAUAAAUUCCUGGGUUUUAUAAUAUGAUGGACUUGAACUGCUGCUAAAAAUAUUGUCUGAAAUGUUGUUACAGUCUAUGUAAAAGCAUCAGAGUACCACUGCAUGUGUAUUUAUUUUUUACCUGUUGCAUGUUAAUGAUUUCAUAAACCAAAAGAAAAAUGAGCAUUUUGAUACCUGUCCUGAUCAAAGAUGAGUUACCGCUUCAACCUUGUGGACAAUUCAUUACAUAAUGACGACUCGUCAUUGUCGUGAUUUGUCUCAUUGUUGGACAUCAAUGGCAAAAUGAAACUGGUACUUACCGGUAAUCUUUCCGCUCCGAAUUUUAAAACCAUCAUCAUCACGUAAGUUGUAGGUCAGUUGUAUGUAAUGAUAUACAAUCCAAAACACAAAUUCAUAAUUUCCCUACAUAAAUAAUGAACCUACAACCUGUGCAUGUGUACCAAGUAAUUUGUGUAGUUAUGUACUAUCACAUUUUCAAAUAAAAUAAGUGAAUAAUAAUAAUAUAUAUAUAUACGCUGUUCUAUACACUAUUGAUGAUUGAUGUUUUGCAGUUUAAUAAUAAAAAUGCAUUUUAAUGUAUUUACAGGUACUGUAUAUGGUGCUUUUUUCAGACACCAAAAGCCGCUGUUUUGAGUCUAAUUACAUUUCCAUUAUUUUCUUAUAUGAAAAUUCACUUUAAAUCAGAACAAACUGGAUUCCAGCCAGCAUUCUUAUGUUGGCCAUUCCAUUGUUGGCCAUAUAUAUAUAUAUAUGUAUAUAUAUAUAUAUAUAUAUAUAUAUAUAUAUAUAUAUAUAUAUAUAUAUAUAUUUAUUUUCC